AUGUCGACCCGCAAAUACAACGAGUUCCUCGACAUCGAAGGGUCAAGCGACGACGAAGCCAACGAUCGCGGAUAUGACUCCGAAGCCGCAGAGGAAAGCAAAGGCGGGAACGCGAAACGAAGACGCACGAAGCAGCCACACGAUAUCCUAGGGGACGACGAAUCAGACGGAUCGGAGAACGAGGCAUCGGAAGACGAAGACGAGAAAUUGUUGGCCGCGAAGACGAAGGGGAAAGGAACGAAGAAGACAUCAACAUCUACAACAAAGAAGUCCGCAUCGAAGCGCAGUGAUGACGCUGAAGACGACGAGGCUGAAGAUGACGAAGUCGAACUCGGUAAUCAAUACCUUGAGUUAGCGGACGACGACGACGAUGAAACCCGUACCAAAGGAUCGAAAAGCAAGAAAUCAAGCUCGGAUAAGGCCAAGCCAGACAAGAAGGAAAAGAAGAAGAAGAAGAAGCCAGGCGUCAUCUAUCUCUCCUCGCUCCCGCCGUACAUGAAACCGUACGCAUUGAAGUCGCUCUUCGAGACGCGCGGCUUCGGACCUAUUACGAAAGUGUUCCUAUCGCCGGAAGUGAGGCCAGCAUCUGCGCCGCGACGCCGCUCCAACAAGCGAAAAAUCUACUCCGACGGAUGGGUGGAGUUCGCAUCGAAGAAGACGGCGAAGAUCUGCGCGGAGACGAUGAACGCGUCGAUUAUCGGCGGUCGCAAGGGCAGCUGGUACCACGAUGAUAUUCUGAACGUGAAAUACCUCACCGGCCUGCGCUGGGAUGACUUGGUGGAUCAGAUCCAGAGGGAAAGGAAGGAGAGGGAGGCCAGGCAGCGGAUCGAGGAUGCGCGGACGCGCAAGGAGGACCAGGUGUUUUUGGAGGGAGUGGAGCAGGGCAAGGUGCUGGAUGGGAUGCAGAAGAAGAACGAGGACAAGAAGAAGAGGAAGCUGCAGCAGGCCGAUGAAGGGCUCAGGAGCGAGAAGGGCCCGGGACAGGAUGCUAAGAUCAGGAGACUGUUCAAGCAGAAUGAGGUUAAAAUGGGACGGGAUAAGAUACAAAAUCAUGGUCCGUUGGAGGAGGACGCGAAGAAAGUGUUGGGCCAGAUUUUCUAG